AUGUGCUCCAGCCGCAAGAUUCUGUGGAGCCUGCUCCUGCUGUCCUUGGUGGAGGUGGGCCUGGGUGUGGCGAGCAUCGUCCUGGGAGCGGUGGGCAUCAGCUGGGUCCGGGGCGAUCAUAAACCGCAGCAGGGAGACGCUUCUCCGUUUCUGGUCUGCGGGAUGUGCGGCGUGCUGUGUGCUCGAAAGAGGACUGGCCUUAUUAUGAUCCUCUUUUCAGCGUGCUGCAUCUGUGGUCUCAUUGCCGGGAUCUUAAACGUCCAGUUUGUUCGGGCACUGAACAAACGGCCGGACAAGAUGCAAACAAUUCACCUGGCUGCAAUGACUCUGGCUUGUCUAGGGAUCUCGACCUGUACCUUAUCCACGUGGCUGACUUGUCGUCUGGCAAGCUCGGAGCAGCAAAGGAUGUUCUUGGAGAGGGAACACUCGCUACAUCAUUCCCAUGAGAUGACAGAGAAGGAGGUCCUGGACAACUCCAGUAAUGGUAUUCCUCAGAUCUCCUAUAAUGGACACACCGCGGCAUCUCCUUGAGGAAGUUUCAGCAGGAGGUGACUUGCAGACUUAAACAGAAGCAGUUACUAAAACUCGUGCUGUCACGCAGCUAAUGCAGCUUGUAGUAGACUGCAUUUAACUGUAUUCUGACUGCAGGAACUGAACCAAAUUUGUCGCCUUGGAACCCGUUUACCUGCUGCCUGAUGAAACGGAGAGCAUGAAGGAGCCGUUUGUGCUUCUGAAUAUUAUGCAAACAUGGGUUCAAAUACCUUCGGUUUAAAUCUCACCAAAGCCGGGAUGGUGAGCUGCGGUUUGGAUGACAAAUGAAGCGACAGACAUCUGCGUGAAAUCCUCCAAUUUGUGAGCGUGAAGGAUACAUUUCAUCCAGUCAGAUCAAAGCGAUGAGCACAAACCAAGCAUGCAACUGAUUCACUUGUUUAGAAGAGCUAUUUCAGUCUCAUCGUCCUUAUUCUGUCUCUCUCUGUCAUGUUAUUGGUUUAUGGAAGCCAGAUCUUGAGAUAGCCUUUGGUAAACUGUAUGUAUCAUCUGAUAAUGGAAUGCUUUGAGAGAAAAGUUAAAGUGAUGCACAAUGUACUGUAUGUAUCCAUGCUUGUAAAUCAAACAUAUUUUUAUAAUGCUUCUUAUA